CAAAAAGUCAAAUCAUUUGUCAAUUUGAAACAUUAAACGAUAAAUCAAACAUCACAAAAUUCUAGUAAAAUGUGCAACUGCAACGAUUCUCAGUUUAGCAAACUGCGUGAAAACUGGUCCCGUUACCUAAAGUGUCCCACAACACCUUGCCAGUGCUGUCAGUUUCCUAAGAAUAAAAUGAAAGGUAAAUUUGGAGUAGCUUAUGUAAUAGAGACUCCCAAUCGAAAGUGCAAACCGUGUGGUUGGGAAAUCGAAUUCACCGACACCCCGUCCACAAUAGAGAACAAUUGCAAAAAGAUCAUGAAUUGGAUAACUUGCCCACCCUUAGGUGAAUGCAACAACGCAAACACCACAGUCUGUUGCUGUUCACCGCCAGAACAAAGUGUUUUAUGCACACUUAAUAAAUCCUGUUGCAAAUCCAAUAAUAAGACAGGGUGCUCUAAAACCGCUCGUUGUGAUUGCUGUUGUGAACAAUUUAAACCAAAAGGGUGUUGCUGUACAAAUAAAAAUCCUAAAUGUUGCUGUUCCAAAGGCACAAGUAAACCUUGUUGUUCAAAGCCGAGAAACGAGAGUCCGUGCUGUAAUCCCCGCUGCUGUAAAAAACCGAAAACCAAAUGCUGCAGGUGCUGCCCGCUACCGCCGAGCGAACAAAUUUGUCCCUCAUGCUGCCCUGCGCCCAACGACGGAUGCUGUUGUAAUCCACAGCCCCAGUAUUAUCAAAACGAAUCGGAUUCUGAUGACUGCUGUUGCAAUCAAAACGAUUAUAAUAAAAAGCCGGAUUGUGGUUGCAAUUGCAAUUGCUCGGCAUGUAAAUGCAAUGGGAAAAAAACGAGUUCAAAAAGGAAGGAUCGUGAUCAUGACUCUAAACAUAAUAGCAGACCGAAAGAACAAUCUUCGAAACAUUCGAAGAGUACAGAAGAAUCGUCUAAUAAGCCGUCAAAAAACUUCAAUAGCCUCGAAUCUAACAGAGUGAAAUUGAAGGCGAACCCUAGAUCGCCCUAUACAAUCAGUAUGGAUUAUUUACCGAAGAAGGGUCCUGAUAAAGACGAUGAGGAAGUAAUAGUUCUAAAAACUCCACCUUUAAGUGAGAAAGAGCAUGAAGAUAUUGAUAAACCGCAGGAGUUUACUGAAGGUUUGGUAAAAAACGAUGCAAUAGAAGACGAUAACUCAGAUAUCACAGAAGAAAAAUUGACAGAAUCUACCCUAGUUCCAAAAGAAUCAGGUCGUGAAUCUGGAGAUGCAACUUUUGAAGAGAAGCAGAAAUCAAAUGGAAAUACCGCAACCAACGAAGCGGAAAAUCCUAAAUUAACUCCUCCUUUAAAGCCAGUACGAAAACUUAGAGGUGCAGCUUUGUUAAGGAAAAUAAAAGAAGAACAUCGGAAAGAAAUGGAUGCGAUUCAUGCCGCAUCACUAAUUAAUCACGAAUCAGUCCCUGUUACCGGAGAAGAGUCAAGAGUCUCUGAUGAUAGAACUGAGAGUACCAUAAGAACAAUCGAACCUAGUGAAGAUAUCCCAGGAGUAAAACGAAGAUUAAAAAAAGGUUUAGGGAAGAAGCUUCUGGAACGCAUACAUCAAAAACAUCGGGAGGAAUUAGAGGCGAUUCAUCACGAGGAACCUCACGAUAAACCGACAGAAAAUUUAAAGGAGUAUUUCUUAAAUAAAGAAGAUGAUAUAAAGCCAGUACAAUCUGAAAUGAUAAAUCCUUGAAAGGACGCAACCUACAUCCAGUUCACAGCAUACCUAUCAAUAUCAAAUUAAUUUGUUUAAAUAGUUUGGAAAAUACCAUAAUGUUAUUUCUAGAAGAAGGCAGUAUGAGGUUGAUUUUCUUUAUCAAAACACUAAAAACUCAUCAUCAAGUCAAAAGUUUUAAUCAAUGUUAAAGGUCAAUUUUGGUAAAAAAAGUGUUGUUUGAUUUUGUAACAUGUAUCGAAUUGACAAUGUUUAAUAAACUAUUACUGAUAAA